CGCGUCCCCCGCCGGUCCUGCAGCCGCGCGCCCCGCGGAGGAGGGGCUGCCUGCAGGCCCGGGGUCGCGCCGGGCGGCCUUCCCGGAAGGAGGCGCGCAGGGCGCCCCGCAGGCCGGAAGCGCGGAGCCGGGGGCCGUCAGCGGAGCCCCUCGACGACCUCGGACCCCCACCCCGGCGUCGGGACCCUCUCGGGACCCCGGGAUGCGGAUCUCCGCCCUGCUCGUACCAGGUGCUAAGGAAUGAGCACGGGGGCCGCAGGCCGGCCGCGGCCGAGGAGCCAUGGACAGCAAAGGCCUGGACGCCUCCCCGACGGACCUCAAGCUAGUGGCCCACCCGCGCGCCAAGAGUAAAGUGUGGAAGUACUUCGGCUUCGACACCGACGCGGAGGGAUGCAUCCUGCAGUGGAAGAAGAUUUACUGUCGCAUCUGCAUGGCGCAGAUCGCCUACUCCGGGAACACCUCCAACCUGUCCUACCACCUGGAGAAGAACCACCCGGAGGAGUUCUGUGAGUUCGUCAAGAGCAACACGGAGCAGAUGCGCGAGGCCUUCGCCACCGCCUUCUCCAAGCUGAAGCCCGAGUCCUCGCAGCAGGCCGCGCAGGACCCGCUGGUCGCCAAGGCCGGCCACGGGCAGGAGAGCAAGAGACAGCAGGAGCUCACGGCCGCCGUCGUCAGCCUCGUCUGCGAGGGGCUGUACCCCGCCUCCAUCGUGGACGAGCCCACCUUCAAGGCGCUGCUGAAGACAGCCGACCCCAGGUACGAGCUGCCCGGCCGCGCGUUCUUGUGCAGCAAGGCCAUCCCCGAGAAGUACGGCGCGGUGCGCGAGGUGGUCCUCAAGGAGCUCUCGGACGCCUCGUGGUGUGGCAUCUCCACGGACACGUGGCACAGCGAGAGCCAGAACAGGGCCUAUGUCACGCUGGCCGCGCACUUUCUGGCCGGUGGCGCGGCCCACUGCCUGUCCGUGGGCUCCCGCUGCCUGAAGACGUUCGAGGUGCCUGAGGAGAACACGGCGGAGACCGUCACCCGGGUGCUGUACGAGGCCUUCGUCGAGUGGGGCAUCAGCACCAAGGUGUCCGGGGCCACCUCGGACUGCGGGAAGGACGUGGUGAAGGCCUGCUCCCUGCUGGACAUCUCCGUGCAAAUGCCCUGCCUCGGGCACACGUUCAACGCGGGCAUCCAGCAGGCCCUGCAGCUGCCCAAGCUGGGCGGGCUGGUGGCCCGCUGCCGCAGGCUGGUGGAGUACUUCCAGCAGUCCGCGGUGGCCACGUACAUGCUCUACGCAAAACAGAAGCAGCAGCACGUGGCCCACUGCAUGCUCGUGAGCGACCGCGUGUCCUGGUGGGGGAACACGCUCGCCAUGCUGCAGCGUCUCAGGGAGCAGCAGUUUGUCAUCGCCGGCGUGCUCGUGGAGGACAGCAACAACCACCACCUGAUGCUGGAGGCCAGCGAGUGGAGCACCAUUGAGGGGCUGGUGGAGCUCCUGCAGCCCUUCAAGCAGGUGGCCGACGUGCUGUCCGCCUCCAAGUACCCAACCAUCAGCAUGGUGAAGCCCUUGCUGCACAUGCUUCUCAACACCACCCUGAACGUCAAGGAGACAGACUCCAAAGAGAUCAGCAUGGUCAAGGAGGUGAUCGCCAAGGAGCUCAUCAAGACUUACCAGGAGACCCCCGAGAUCGACAUGUUCCUCAACGUGGCCACCUUCCUGGACCCCCGCUACAAGAGGCUGCCCUUCCUGUCCGCGUUCGAGAGGCAGCAGGUGGAGAACAGGGUGGUGGAGGAGGCCAAGGGCCUCCUGGACAAGAUCAAGGACGGCAGCUACCGGCCACCCGAGGACAAGAUCUACACGCCGCCCGAGGAGCCCCCGGCGAAGAAGCCGGGGCUGGCGUCCACGCCGCCGCCCACCAGCGUCAUCAACAGCAUGCUGGCCGAGAUCUUCUGCCAGACGGGCGGCGUGGACGACCAGGAGGAGUGGCACGCUCAGGUGGUGGAGGAGCUGAGCAACUUCAAGUCCCAGAAGGUGCUGGGACUCGGCGAGGACCCGCUCAAGUGGUGGUCCGACCGCCUGGCUCUGUUCCCCGUGCUGCCCCGGGUCCUGCAGAAGUACUGGUGCGUGGCGCCCACCCGCGUCUUCCCCGAGCGCCUCUUCGGCUCCUCGGCCAACGUGGUCAGCGCCAAGCGGAACCGGCUGGCGCCGGCGCAUGUGGAUGAGCAGAUCUUCUUGUAUGAGAACUUGCGUGGCGGCGCCGAGGCCGAGCCAGUGGAUGAAGAUGAGGGGGAAUGGGGCCUGUACCACGAACCGGGCUUCCCCCUGGGGGAUGCUGUGCACGGCGCCUUCUUCGGGGUCCGGGAUGGCGGAUUCAUGUAGCUGCCACGGGGUUCCCUGUGGGACGCUUUGAUGAAAACCCCGACCCCGUAGGUUGGCUUGUUGGCCGGCACCGGGAGACACCAGGAGAAGGAAUCUCGUGGUGGACUUGCAGCUGUGUGCAUAACUCUACUCCCAAACAAGCCGAGUUCUUCCCAGGGAGGAGGGUCUGGGUUACAUCUGAAAAAUACCAGACCUGCGGACGGAUGGAUGAACCCCCUUGCCUCCUGCCCCAGGCCGUGUGCAACCUGCAGGCAAGUCAAUUGAAUGAAGACACGUGUACCACCUGUUCACCUGAAUGGGAACUUGGUCUCUAGGAAGCUCUGGGAAACAUUCUCUGGCCACAGUGAGCAGAUUGUAGGAGGCAAGCUUGGAACGACUUUUAUUUUAACUGUUGGCCUUUCUUCAGCAGGGCCAAGGCCCGUGUUGGGUACCCCCCCUGCUCGGACACCCCCACGUGGAGAGGAUGGUCUGUUGGGAGGCCCUUGGAGUAGGCAGGACCCAUCUCAAGCCGUGGGCCGCCUUCUGUAAAGGAAAGCGAUUCGCGGACUAGCUCAAGACCUUCUGCGUGUUCCCCGGAGCGUGGCCGCUGCAUGGGCCGAGCGGCACUGUCUCCAAGACGUGUCCCCUCUCUGCUCCCAGGCCCCGAGAUGCAGGUCCCACAUUUAUGACGCCAAAGGCAUCCCCCCGCGUAUUUCCUAAACAUGCUGGCUUUUUCUGACUCUGUGAAACUGUGUGCCGCCCUGGCUGCCAGCCUCUCCGCGAGUCUUGCCUUUUUCACGAAGCCCAUGGGCCACCAGGCCUCCUCCUCGCUGAGUUGGGUAUCUGUUUAACGCUUUCGGGUUUGACUUUGUUCCAUAAGGCCCAGAAAUAAAUGAUCUCGUAAUUUA